UGGCCUUAGGAAGUCCCCCAGAAGUAGCCCACAGUUGACCCCUGAAUAAGAGGUGACUUCGGCAAAUUUCAUGGCCAUAUCCAUGAAAUUUCACCCUCGUCUCCUAGGAAAAAAGGGCAAGUGAAAAAAAUAAGUUGGUUUAGAAAUUUUGGAGAUUGAGAGUUUUCCAGACCACGGAUAUGGAUAUUUCCCAAGGAAAUAAGGUUUUCUCUUCCUUCCUAUUGUUUGUGCUUUUCAUCGUAGACCUUGGAGAAGGCCACAAUAGGUGUGGACACCAUGGCCCAGACAUCCGAUUUCCUUUCAGACUCAAAGACAGGCAGCCAGACCAGCAGUGUGGCUAUCCUGGCUUUGAUCUCUACUGCUCUGAUAAACAUGAAACGGUGCUCGAGCUGCCUACUUCAGUAAAAGUCUUUGUUAAACACAUUGAUUACCAAUCUCAGUUAAUUCAAGUUACUGACUCAGAUAAUUGCUUUCCGCUGAAAAUCCGGGGACUCAAUUUAUCUUCCUCGCCUUUCCAGUUCAAAACAGAAAAUAUUCUUGAAGACUAUGCCCUUUUCAAUUGUACGUCUGAAACAGAUACAUAUAAUUACCGUCUGAUCAAUUGUCUUAGUAGAUUUUCAACCUCAGUUUAUGCUUUUCUUUCGGAUGAUUACAUCGACGAAUUCCCCAUAUUAUCAUGUACAAAGAUGUAUACCGUUUCGUCGGUCCCAUAUCAUAUAUGGGAAUGGGAUUCUCAUUCUCUUGAAUUGACAUGGUCCGAACCAAAGUGCAGAGACUGUGAAGUGAAAGGCGAGAAAUGUAGAUUUAAGAAUAAUAGCACUGAUUUCAACAUUGAGUGCUUCAACCCCUACGGAAACAAAGGUAGAUCAACAAAAAUAGUGACUACUGUUUCCAUCUUGGGGCCAUUUCUUUUGGCACUAGUGGUCUAUGCAUUAUACCAUGUCUAUCGCUAUGACAAAACAGAAAAGGAAAAUCAAGCAAGGAUUGAAAAGUUUUUGGAGGAUUACAAAGCUAUCAAGCCCACAAGGUACUCAUAUGCCGAUAUUAAAAGGAUUACAAAUCAAUUAUCAGAGAAAUUAGGUCAAGGAGCCUAUGGAACAGUGUUCAAAGGAAAGCUUUCUAGCGAAAUCCAUGUUGCCGUGAAGAUCUUGAACAUUUUCACGGGAGAUGGGGAAGAAUUCAUAAAUGAAGUGGGAACAAUGGGUAAAAUUCACCAUGUUAAUGUGGUUCGCUUGGUUGGCUUUUGUGCUGAUGGAUUUAGAAGAGCUCUAGUUUAUGAGUUCUUACCAAAUGAUUCACUAGAUAAAUUCAUUUCCCCAGUAGAUUCUAACAGUUUCCUGGGUUGGGAAAAACUACAUGACAUUGCUCUUGGCAUAGCAAAAGGAAUUGAAUAUCUUCACCAAGGAUGUGAUCAGCAAAUUCUCCAUUUUGAUAUUAAACCUCAUAAUAUUUUGCUAGAUCAAAAUUUCAAUCCAAAAAUUUCUGAUUUUGGUCUAGCCAAGUUGUGUGCAAAGGAUCAGAGUGCAGUGUCCAUGACCACAGCUAGGGGGACCAUAGGUUACAUUGCGCCUGAAGUGUUCUCUAGGAAUUUUGGGAAAGUAUCUUACAAAUCAGAUAUUUAUAGUUUUGGAAUAGUGUUGCUUGAAAUGGUUGGAGGGAGGAAAAAUUUUGAUGUAAACAUGGAGACCACUAGCCAAAUAUAUUUCCCAAAUCGGAUCUAUAAUCUAUUAGAGCAAAAGGAAGACCUACGAGUCUAUGUUGAGGAUAGUGGAGAUGCUAAACUUGCAAAAAAAUUAGCAAUUGUGGGACUUUGGUGCAUCCAGUGGUACCCAACAGAUCGUCCUUCCGUGAAAAGUGUGGUUCAAAUGUUGGAGGGAAAAGGAGAUAAAUUAACCAUACCUCCUAAUCCCUUUGCCUCUACAAGCUCAAGAAGAGUUAAUGAAAGUAUGCCUACAAGGCAUCUAAUUCAAGAGUUAGAAGUCAUCCCAGAAUCAAACUAAAUAUGUGUAUAUAGUUUUUUUUUAUAAGAUCAAACAAAAUAUUUAAAUGAUAAUAUAGGUUGCAAUUAUGUUGUACUUGAAGAUUGAAAUUAUUAAUAUUGAGGGAUAGGUUUUUUGUAUCAAGUAUGAGCAAGGCAAUGUAUCUUUUAAUU